CAAAUGGGGCUAUUUUACAGAUGAGAAAAUCAAGAUCCGAGAAGGAGAGAAGAUUUUCCAAAGUCACAUAGCAAAAAGAGGAGUGGUUGGUCGCGUGGAAAGUGCGUCUGCACCCAGGACACAGCACCCGUGAGCCAGCUUGAGGGACCUGCAGAGAAGCCUGUCCUGGUGGCCUGAGACAACUGUCCUGCUGGGUCAAGAUGACCACAGCCACCCCUGUGGGGAAUGCUCCCUUCUCACUGAAUGUCACCAACAGGGAAGAAGACUUUCUAUACAAGAGUUCUGGAGCCAUCGUUGCUGCCGUUGUGGUUGUUGUCAUCAUCAUCUUCACUGUGGUUCUUGUCCUGCUGAAGAUAUACAACAGGAAAAUGAGGACAAGGAGGGAGUUGGAGCCCAAGGGCCCCAAGCCAGCCCCAGCUUCUCCCCCGGGCCCAAACGGCAACAGCAGUCAGCACCCAGCCACUGUGACCUUCAGCCCUGUGGACAUCCAUGUGGAGACACAGACUCGAUGACCCAGCCUGGUGCUCUCUCCACCACUGUCUGAAGAAACUCUGCAGGCAAGACCAUGAAGCACUUUCUCAUCCGGCAGCUUCACUAAGUGCUUUCCGGUCGGGUGGACAGGGACCUCUCUUAUGCCAUCCCUGAUGCUUCCAGCACCUGCACCUCUGUCCUGCCCUGCUCCACUCCCACUGUGUCCUUAUCCCUGAAGUCACCUUGCCUCAAAGCCUUGGAAUGCUCCUUUGUCAUCUGAUGAAGUAGAGCCGUGUAGGGAAUACUCUGAUGGAAGUGUGGCUCU